AGGUUUGAGAUUGCAGCAGAAAAACUUUUUAACCCCAAUACUAACCUAUACUUCAGGGACUUCUACUGUGUGUACACUGCUUAUCAUUAUGUGAUUCUGGUCAUUGCCCCUGUGGGAUCUCUAGGAGAUGAAUUUUGUAAACAGUGCCUCCCUCAACUAAAUUCCCAGGAUAAUGAAUUUCUGACCUGCAGAGAAGAAGAUGGGGUGGUGGUUUACCACCAUGCCCAGGAUGUCAUUUUAGAAGUCAUUUACACUGACCCUGUAGCUAUUUCUCUAGGCACCAUGGCAGAAAUCACUGGUCAUCAGCUCAUGAGUUUAUCUACUGCAAAUGCAAAGAAAGAUCCAAGAUGCAAAAUCUGUAAUAUUAGUGCUGGACAUUAA